GCCAUCAACAUGCGAUCCGAGUUGAGCUCCUUGAUUGUUAAAUAUUGAUGACGUCACAGCUCCUUUUAAGUCAUUGUAAACACAAUCGAGCAGCGAGGAAGCGACAACACAAUGACUGCUUAACUAGGUGGCCAGAAGCAAAGAUGAGGAUCCGUCUCCAGGGUCCCGGCCAUGCUGGCCUCCUCCUCGCCGAGCUCAACCGCUGCCGCCAAUCGGGCCGCUACUGCGAUGUGUCCCUGCAAGUGGGCAAGCGCACGUUUGCGGCACACCGCGCCGUUUUGGCCUGCGCUGGCACGUACUUUCGCAACUUGUUCAGCCAGUCUCCAUCGGCCCGCACCGACCCCGUCUCGCUGGAGUUUAUUUCCCCAUCCAACUUUGAGAAGGUGUUGAGUUUCAUGUACACUGGGGAGAUCUUGACGGAUCUCAUAGAUGUCGGGGUUCUUUAUGAGCUGGCUGAGAGGCUGGGCUUGAGCGAACUAGCGAGGGCGUGUCACGCCACCUUCCCAGACCUGCAGGGAUCCAUGUCAGCUAACGCCAAGGCUGGCAGCCCCGGAGACCUUCCGACUGCCUCCUCCGUCUGUUCCUCCACCGCCUCCUGCUCAUCUCUGUCGUCUUCUGCUGCCCCGACCCCUGCCGGUGCCCUGUCACCUCACGCCAAAGUCGGUGCGGUGCCGGAGCGCCGGUCUCCAGCUGGGACUGCGCCCAUGGACUUCAAAAUAGAAGACAUCCAGUCUCUUAUAGCCUAUGGGCAAAUCGUUGCAGAGAAACCGAGACGCUGCGUUUUAAGCAGUGAGGCGCUCUCUGUGGGUGCUGAACUCUUAACCAAGAAAGAGCAGACAUUGGAGGAGGCAGUUAAAGGCAGGCCGAAGGUUUCUGAGAAGACGAGCGACUCGGAGCCAUCCCUCGCCUGUCCCUUUCCCGAUUCUCUCGCUCGACUCGGCUCAGGGACCUCCUCGCCUUCGGAAGGUCUCGCUAGCAGCGGGGAAGAGUUGCUGGUUUCGCAGGGGAGCGAAGAACGGCGACCUCUGCGAUUCAAUGGCGCAGUUGGACAGACGACGGAGGAGCAGUGGGGGCGGCUGGCAGCCGAGAUCAUUGAACUGAGCGAUGACGACAACUUUAUGGAGGAGAGAGAUGAGGAGGACGACGAGGAUGAAGACGACCUCUCUGUGGAAAACGGACACGAAAAGGUUCUGGGAGACGUGCUGCUAUGUCAAGCCUGUGCGGCUCCUCUACCCGCAGAUCCGGCUGCGCUGCGGAGACACGCCGAGAGCCACGUGAACGAGCUCGGACAGUGCAGUCUGUGUGGCGUUUCGUUCCGGGACCGGGCCGCCGGGAUCUCCCACUCUCUCGCCCACGUGGGGACGCAGCUUUUCUCUUGUGACAUGUGUCACCUGGACUUCUGCAGCCAAAAGAAGCUGCUGCGCCACCAGCGGGAGAGCAGGUCCGCACGUGCCUUAGCGCAGCUCGGCCAAGGCUGUGAGCUACGGUGUGCCGUGUGCGCAAAAGGCCUCAGCAAGGACUUCCAGAUGGUGAGAGAGCAUGUCCUAAGCCACGUGUGUGCCCAAAGCCUGAGCUGCAGCGUUUGUCACCUGCCCCAACGCUCCCUGUGCUCUCUGCUGUGGCACGCCCUCACCCACCUUUCGCUGCCCGUCUUCCCCUGCCCCUACUGCGCCCGCUGCUUUGUAGAGCGCCCUCUACUGGACGCACAUGUGGCCGCGCACGGCGAGGACGCCAAGGAGCGCGAGGACAUCCGAGUGGUCACAGUAGGGGGAGAAAAUCUUUCGGGAACGGAGGCGCUCAAUUGCUUCCUUUGCCCACAGACGUUGCCUACCCCCUCUGCCUUCCUGUGCCACCUCAGCCAGCACACAUCGGAGUCCUUCGGGGGCGGCGGGGAAGGGAGAGGGGGUCCUGGCUUGUUAGGCAAGCGUAAGGCCGAGCAGCCUCUGGAGUACCCGCCCUCGUCUUCCUCCUCUCCGCAAAAGCUCGGAGGUCUCGGAAAGAUAAGUGGCACCAGUUUAGGCCCAGGAAGCGGAACGGGCCUCUGCUCUCCUGAUAAGUAUUUCCCGGGGUCCACGCACAGUUCGUCUUCCGUUGCAUUGACCAAUGGGAGCACGGGACACGACGGGGCGGUGGGCGUGCGCGGGAAAUGGUACCGCUGUCGCUACUGCGGGAAGUGCUUCGCACACUCGGGUGAGUUCACGUACCACCUGCGCAUCCACACGGGGGAGAAACCAUACCAGUGCAAGGUGUGCCUGCGCUUCUUCCGAGGCCGCUCCACCAUGAUCUGCCACCUCAAGACGCACGCCGGCGCGCUCAUGUAUCGAUGCACCGUCUGUGGCCUCUACUGCUCGACGCUCAAGACGAUGGCCGCACAUAUGGAGCUCCACAAGGACCAGCUGCCGGCCGAUUUCAACAUUGAGCACACCUUCAUGUAUAACGACCACUCCAAAGAAGCGCUGACUUCUGUGGACACUUGAAUGACUCCUGGCAGAGGCGUGUGUGGGUAUGUGUGUGUGUGUGUGUAGGGGUCAGGGGGUCAUGUGCAUUAAACACUCGAUUGUGGUAGAUGUAGUUGGCAUCUAAAAUGUGGCUACUUAAGUAGUUUAGUUCCAAAAUGCUUAUUUAGGGCCGCAAAAUAAUUAGCUGUAGUGACAGAAUAAAUAUAACAAAUUUUUAUUGUUGCCACAAUAUAUGUAUAAUAUGCACACAAAAUCCCAAUUACUAAUUUAUGUGCAUAAAAUGGCGCACAAGUAAAUAGAUAUAUAUAUUUUUUUAAACUUUAGUAACUCUAGAGGGCCUCUAUAUGAAAAUCCCGCUCUUACUUCCAUUUUUCUAC